GCAUUCCGGACACGAGAAGCCUUUUCUGUCAAGACAAAAUGUCUCAAAUACGUCAGAACUACCACAGCGACUGUGAGGCCGCCAUCAACCGGAUGAUUAACAUGGAGCUGUAUGCCUCUUACACCUACACUUCUAUGGCCUUUUACUUCUCCCGUGACGAUGUGGCCCUUCCAGGCUUUGCCCAUUUCUUCAAGGAAAACAGUGAUGAGGAGAGGGAGCAUGCUCAGAAGCUGCUGUCCUUCCAGAACAAAAGGGGAGGACGCAUCGUCCUGCAGGACGUCAAGAAACCAGAGCGUGAUGAGUGGGGGAGCGGGCUGGAGGCCAUGCAGUGCGCCCUGCAGCUGGAGAAGAAGGUCAACCAGGCUCUGCUGGACCUGCACAAACUCACCUCUGACCAUGUAGACCCUCAUCUGUGCGACUUCCUGGAGACCCACUACCUGAACGAGCAGGUGGAGGCCAUCAAGAAGCUGGGCGACCACAUUACCAACCUCACCCGCAUGGACGCCAACACCAACAAGAUGGCAGAGUACCUGUUUGACAAGCAUACCCUGGAGGGCAAGAGCUAAACGCAAAGUCCCUGGAUGGAGCCUGGAGUGAAAAUCUUACUGACACGCAGGCUUUAAACUAAAUGCAACCUUUUUGCAUCCAAUGUGCUUAAGUCUGAUGCGUUCUUGUACGUUCUGGUGGUGUCACUGUUAAAUGUUACAUGGAAGAAUGGAUAUUAUCAGGUUCUGACUUUGCACUCAUUACCUAUAAACCUCCUCUUGUGUGACAUUUUAACAACGGUGACUGUAGCUUUCUGAUCUGAAUAAACAUUUUGAGCUGGA